AUGGCGUAUGGCAACGAUAAACAAAACGUCUAAAUUAGGUGCAUACGUAAAUCUAUUCGAGGUUUUUAUUUAAAGGUUGACGUCGAAUCAAGAUGCCUGUAACAGCAUAAAGAAGAUACAGUGAAUAAAACAAAGCUAAGAUGACGUCACCUAUGUUAUGUGGGGUGGAUGCCAUCCAUGUGGCAACAGUUCUAGAAGAUUGUUGUGAUCAGUUAUCUAUACUCGGUCGAAUCAUGCCACAUUCAUUUGAUAUGAGACAAGAUGCAUAUGAGAUAGUAGAUAAUGAUGUCAGUGAGUUACUAGAUUCACAGAGACAGUUAGAGAGUAGAUAUCAGUCAGUGUUAGCAAGAAAGAUGGAUGUUAGACAGAUGACACACAAUACUGAUAAAUUAAACCUCAUGGAGAAAGAGGUCUUAAAAACAGGGGGGGAUUUGAAAAACAGUACUCAUGUUUUUCGUCGAAGUCUUCGUCAGAAUCCUCUAACAUCUGAUAACACAGCUAAAAUACAACAUGAUAGAAUAUUUCUAGAGGCUGUGAUGUCUGAGACUAUGGGUGAACUGAUUCACAACAGAACAUUCCUGGCUUUACUGGAAGCUGUUAAACUAGAGAAAAAGAGAAAAGCUUCUUUACAAAACACAAUACAAAAAGAAGAAGAUGGUAGAAAAAGGGUUCGUCAAUUACAGAAACAGUUACUGGAUGUUAAAAAAGAGAAAGAGACAGAAGUACAGAAUCGUGAAGAGAUGAUAGCUCAUCUUAAAGAUCAACUUCAAGAGAUGAAAGCUAAAACAAAUAUGGAGGGAAAAUAUAUCAAAAAAUGUGCGGAGGUUGCCGUCACACAGACCCAGAAACGAUGUUUUCUCUCUGAACAAGAAAUGAAAGAUGAGACUGAGAAUCUACAGAAUCAGAUUGAUAAAGAAACACGAGCAAACUCGGAGAUAGAAGCUUUCCUCCGAAAUCAUCAUUCUAAUCUGGAGAAGAAGUUAGAUUUUUGGCAGGAGAAAUAUGAAAAAGACGUGGAAGCUAAGCAACAUGAAUUAGAUGUUUUAAAGGCAUCCAAAGCUAAAGAUUUAGAAAGAUUGCAAGAACUGACAAAACUGUAUAAAGAAUAUGAACAAGUUGUAGUUGAAGAUCGAAUAGAAAAAGAAAAAAUACGUAGAAAAGAUGAAAUGGAGGCAAUAGAACUUAAAGGUGCAGUGAAGGUUCAAGCAUGGUGGAGAGGAAUGAUGGUGAGAAAAGGAUUUGGUCCAUAUGGCAAGAAAAAGAAAGGGAAAAAGGGGAAGAAAGGGAAAAAGGGAAAAAAGAAGGGAAAAUAGAAAAUGGGGUUUCUUGUUGGAUUAUUUUACAUACUUUAUAUUUUAUUGUAUUAUUUAUACUGUCAGAUAAUCAAAAUAUUAAAUUUUAGCACAUCCUUGUUUCCAAAUAGAUAAUUUGACAUGCUUUAGGAAAGAGUACUUUACCUUAUGAGGAUAUUAAGAUUUUAUUAAUUAUUUGUCUAGAUGUACAAAGAAUACAGUUGCGGUUUAACUAAAAUUGUUAACAAAUUUAAAAUAGAAUUUAAUGCAAGUAACAUAUUAAUGUGUUACAACUUUAUCCCCACUCAAAUAGCAGUCGUCAACGAUGGCCCAUUUCAAAAUAAUAAAAUUCUGUGUUUUAUGUUAGGACAAGGUAUGACCAUUAAAUGAAAGAUAAAUUAUUUGAAUAUUCCUUUAACCCACUGAUAGUCAUGGAUAUUUUUCAGACAAUACCUAAUAUUGUACUGUUUUCAAUUAAUCAUAUCUUUGUAAAUACCGAAUGGAAAUUCAAUGUAGACAUUGUUGCAGUUUGCAAGUUUCUUAAAAAUAGCUUGAAAAAAUAGAUAGAUUGGUAUCAUAUGUUAAGAUUGGAUCAUAUACAAUACUCAGUCGUUCACAAUAAGGUCAAAGAAGAUAUAAUCUUGAUUGAGAUAUUUAUGCACAUUGAUUACUAUUAAUGUUUUACUGUACAGUCUAUGCUAUUAUAUAUUUGUCUGUGGUACAAAUAUAUGAUGCACAUUUUAAUGGUAAUUAAAAUAUAGAUAUUGAAUAUU